UUAACAGAAUGUACAAAUAUGACUCAUUUAAUUUAUCCGUAGCAAUUUAAAAGCAUAUUCAAUGAAUAAGAUCUGAUAAAAUAAACAAAUUACCAAAAUAAUAAAAUCGAUAGAUUUGCUUUCAUCAGUGUCAAGUUUGUUGCCUAAACGCACCUGUGGGGCUGCCAUAUCGGGAAGAAUUCCUGAAUUUAUUUCCAUAUUGUAAUACUGACUUUGACAGUACCAUUACGAAAACACAAGCGCAUAAAUGUCUCCCCGUCGUAUUUUCGUGAGAAAUGACUUCUACAAAUGAUGGAAAAGACGUGAAAAGUAAUCAAACAAGUGGCCCAAAAGGCAAAUCAUAUUACAUUGAGCUUUACAAGUUACUGGACGCGGGGCUGAACAGCGACUCGGAGCUCAGCGAGCGCACGCAGCACCUGUGCGAGGCGUGGCGCCGCAUCCGCAGCCUGUGCCAGCACUCGGCGCCCGCCACACACCCGCACCUGCUCAGCUGGCUGCAGAGGCACACGGCCAGGACUGUCUUACAGACGGAAUGGCAAUCGCCAAAAAGUCAAAAUGAACACAAACGCCUCGACGAUGCAAUCGAAGUCUUCAUCAAAGAGUGCGAGAGCCACUCGGGGCCGAGUCGGGAGGCGGACCUGCAGUGGGAGCUGCAGCUGGUGGCGCGCGGACAGUGGUUCCGCCGCAUCCUCGCCAACCCCUGGGGGCAUCCCGUCCUCAGGGUGUUGCUGGACCCCAGGGGCGAGCCGCCGGCCGAACAGGAAAUACUAGAAUGGCUGAAGGAAGAGCGCGGUGUGAUGUUCGUGACGCGGUUGCGGCAGCUGGCGGCGUCCAAGUGCGACGACCUGGCGCUGGCGCUGGCCUCCGCCGUCAUGGACCGCGUGCGCGCCUGCAGGCCGCCGCCGCGCGACUGCGACGCGCCCGACCAGCCGAAAGAGAUUCCAAAGGUGGACUCGAAACCGUCAUUCGAAGACAUCUUGAAGGCAGAGGCGGGGUUUACAGUGGACGUGUGGGAGCUGCUCACAGACAUCGAGUUUGUGUUGCUGUAUAAAAGGAGCAAACAGUCGCGGUGUAUCGAACUGGCCAAACAAACGCCACUCCGCAACGGGUACCAGUUAGUGGAGAGGCUGCAGAGCCGGCUCGAGACAUCGCCGCGGGAGAAGAAAUUAUGGAAGAACGCCAAAGAGGUUGCUACGCUUAUUGCACAGGUUGUGAUCACGCGCUGCAUGGUGGUGCCGGUGUGCGGCGGCGCGGCGCAGCUGGCGCUGUACUGCUGCGCGCGCUCGCUGGCGCUGCUGCUGGGCGCGCGCCUGCCCGCCGCCGCGCACGCGCUGGCCGCGCCCGCGCGCACCGCCAGGCACCUGCACACGCUGGCCACCGCCGUCAGCGCCAAGACCACAGACGACAUGAAACCGUUUGUGUGCGAGCUGUACAUACGAGCGAUAACCGCGGGCAUGAAUGAGCUCGAGAGGCUUAAGACUGAAAAGGAUUCCGAGGCGGAGGCCCGGUCGAGCGAGAAGACGCUGGCGUCGUGGUUCACGCAGCUGGGCGCGCUGCUGGCGGCCAGCGAGCGCCUGCGCUGCGAGUGCAUGCUCACGGCCUUCUCCGUGCACCCGUCGCCCGCCAUGUUCGAGCGCAUCAAGGCCGCGCCCACGCUGCCGCCCCGCCCGCUGGAUCCCGAUGAAGCGAAGCAAGAACCAACCUCAUCUGAGUUCGGUAGCUGGGCGAGUGAUUCCCGUUCGCAGACAAACUUCGUGAAGACGUCGGAGACGUUGAACCUGGAACACACGCAGCGCCAGGCCAACGUGCUGUCUCCCGCCAUCCUCAGCGAGGGCGAGGCCAUAGGGAUCAGUCCGGAGCUGUGUCAGGACAUCGCCGUGUUGCUGUCCGGACCUAGACUGAAAACACUUUCGUGGGAUACUAAUAGAGAGUUGCUCCUAGAGAACUGUCGCACAUACAUGGAGCGUACGAACUUCGGUACGCGCGCUCUCACCACCGAGCUCAAGUACUUGAACCUCGACCCGCGACAGUUCGAACAUCUGCCCAUCGAGGAGGACGACGAGACUGAUGUGUACUACGGUAUUGAGAAAGGCUAUGAGCAUAUGGUUGAAGAAUACCAAGAGCCAGAAGAGAUCUGGCAGGAUGCAGACGACCCAGAGAGGACAGACAGCGCAAGGGAGAGUGAAGCAGAAAUAAUGACAACUGCAGUGAGACUGAAGAAAAACAAAAAGAAAACUCCAAAAUUACUAUCCUCUGAUGACGAUUGCGACCCACUAAGCCUCGUCGCAGAAGCAAAGAGGAUAGAAAAGAAGAAGGAAAGGCCCCAUAGUAAAGAAAGAAGUAAAGAGCACAAGAAAAGAUCCAAAACAAAGUCUAAAGAUCCUCUCGAAGUUAAAGACCACAGCAGUGAAAGGAAAAAAGAAUCGAAAAAGAAGGAAAAACGUGAAAGAAAGAAGAAGGAACCCGCUGAAGUUAAACCAUCUUCUUUAUCCAGUCUUAUUGGUAUGAAAGUUGUUGAUGCCAGGAAGCCAGCUCAAGAACCAGAAGUUAAGGUACCUGUAAGUGAUAGUGAUUAUGACAGUCAAGAGAAAAUAUCACUGAACUCCUUAGCUUCUGAAGAAAAUGUUAAUGAUGUACUGUUUGAUGGCCUAUUCUCCAUGGAUGACAUGAAGAGUCCAGAGAAGCCAGCGAUAAAAGUGAAUGAGCCUUUUGCAAAUGGUACAGUAGCUGCUGCCUCGCCGACUGUUCCAUGUAGUGAUAAAAAGACCCCAGAGGAAACAAACAGGGUGCCGCAGGUAAACACAACGACCAAUCAGAACACUGCAACAGAAUACAAACUAGACCAAGGUAAAUUAACAACUGUCACAGAAGAUGUAAAGAAGAGCAUAUCAAAACUAAUACAGUUUAGACGACAAAAGACUUUAAGUGAAACAGAAAAGAGUCCAGUACAGCCAAAUACGCAAACUUCCAAUAUUCAGUCUAGUGUCAUUAAAACUCCAGAACCUCAGCCGACUCCGUGCAGUCCUCAACCAAGUGCUCAAACACCAAAAGUUUUCAUCAAUCAAACUCAGUCAAACCAACUCGCGGAACUCAGAAGUGAAGUGAACAGUCUACUACACGCUAAAGCCUUUGGCAUCGCACGGCCUGUUAUACAAUUUAGUCCAAAGUCCAGCAAUACCUUGCAUAACACUCCAGCUGGUAUGCGAUUUCCACCUCCGCAGGCGGGAGAGAAAUUGAUACCAGACAUGUAUAGAGGGCCGUAUGUACCAAAAAGUACCAUACAGAACUCAGAACCUAAAUUACCUCCACCUCAAUCAAGCCCGACGAACAAACAAGAUAAAAGUGUGAAUUUCGAUGCUUUUCUCAAAGAACUACAAGAGUCUAUAAAUGCGGGCGCAGAGUCUAAAGAGUCCCGAUCGGUCAAGAAAGAGCCUAAACCCAUCCAUAGAGUUACGCCCAUACUGCCCCCUGCUAAGGCUGACCCCAAGACAUCUCCAAGUGCCAAACAAACAAAGAAAACUGAUACUUCACUAAACACAUUUUCGCGCCUCAGUUAUUUACACAAGAACAAAAUAUUGGAUUUGAAGUCAAAACAAGUUAUUGACGCCAUUAUCGAUUAUCAGAGUAAAGCAAUUCAGCAUUGUCCUGCUUCAACGGAAUUAAGUCGAAAUUCGUCUGAAACAAGAACUGCGAAGACAUCUCAACCGAAAUCUGAAACUGUUACAUCUAGAUCCGACAAAAGUAAUUUUCAAGACAAUAUUCAAAGUGGGAGGAAAGUUGAAAAAGCAAAAUCUGUGACUCCAGCUAGAGAGAAUCUUUUAAACACGAAUGUAAUCCAGCCAAAUUCGUCCAAGACUCAGAUGAAAUCCGAAAGUCAUAAAACGUCGCCAAUAGAAAGAUUGUCAACGCCUAAUAAGGUGUCUUCAUUAACAGAGAGAGACCAACAAGAACUCCUUUUGCUCUUGCGACAGCAAAGCAAACAAAAUCUGAACCACCCUCGAAACAAAAAUGAGACUGUCAAAGAACGUAUUCAACCUCCUCAAACAGUAACAGGCUCAGCCCUUAACUACAGUACUAGUCAGAACAAAAACAGAAUGUUAGAUGAACCGAACAAUGUAUUUAGCAACGUAAACGUAAAACAGACAAAACCUAGUCCAGGUGGGAAGCCGACGAAUCUUAACCAGAUUAGGUUGCAGAACAAACCAAUUAACAUUGGCAAGACUGAAAUGAACGCUAAGACAAUGGAUCAAAAGAUCCAGAAGAUAGAAAUAUUUAGUGAAGUUGAACCUAAGACCAGCAAGUCGAAAGCUAGUUCGUCUAAAUCUAGUGCCGGCAAGCAGAGUACGGAUUGGGAGAAAGUUAUGGACGCGAUUCUGUCGCAUAAGACCCCGAGCAGAGGCCCAAACGCUCUUGAUAUGGCCUUGAACAAAGAUUCGUAUAACAAGACGUUGUUAGAAAGUCUUCGACACCAAAGGAUAGUUAGACCUAAUUCCAAUACCGAUCAGUCGAAAUCACAGUCAAAAUCGGGUAGCGUAACUCCGAACGCGCAUUCGUCUAGCACACUGAGGCGAUCGAACACAGAAAGCGUUAUCAAAAGCAGCAAGAACAGUUCUUCCAAAGAAACGAAGGCUCUAAAUCUUUCCAGCACUUCCACAGCUCAGAGUCAUGUAGGUAAACAAUCGGAAAAACGUAGUCAUUCGGCGAAGGAACCAGUUGACGUACUUAAAAAGACUAAUAGACAUCAACAAUUCACUUGUUCUUUACCGAAAGAAGAUGACCCAUUCAUCUCAGGGAUAAGAAAUUCAGAUUACGAUCUUCUAGAAGAAUUAAUGGACGAUGACUUACGACAGGAAAUCGGUGAAUUGUCUGAUGAUGACAACUACGGGGCGCCAAUGAGCUGUUUAAAAAACCCGAAAUUAACAGCUGAAAUCAUACAAGAGGAUAAGCGUUUGAAUUCAGCGUUAAUAGACGCUACACAGAAAAAACCUCUAUCGAAAGUGACUUGUGAACCAGUAAAGAGUUUUGAUAAUUUGGAUCAGAUCCAGCCAAGCAUUGGUUAUGCCAACCCAAAGACUGUUAUCAAUACAGAUUACAAUAACGUUCAGAAUGCUCCAAGUUUACCCGCAACUAAGGUGGGUCAGACUGCACUGAAAACAGUUAUAACGAUACCAAAGCCUAAUAAAAGUGCAAGUUAUAAAAUCAAACCGGAUUUGAAACCUGUUGAUCAGAAUAAUACAUACGCUGCGCCUACAGCCGCAGUUCCGCAACAAACUACAUUACAGAAUGUUGUCCUAAUAGGCUCAGAUAUUGUGUAUCAGCCUUGUGCUAUUCAAACACCGGUUCGAGCGACCAAUUAUCCUCAGAAAACUUACGUUGCGUAUAAUCAACCUAACAUGGCGAUAUACCAAACGACGCAAUUCGCUGCUCCAGUUAUCAACCCACUCAUCAUAGGCAAUGCCAUCACUGUUCCAAUGACUGUCGCUUCAACGAAUGCUAAGAAUGCUGAGCCAGUAAAGACUGCUGCUACUAAACCUGACACAACAUCUCCCGUAAAACAUACAGAGACACUUAGUGACGUCAUAGAUAAGAAGGCAGCAACUAAGGAUGUGAAUGACGUCAGAACAGAACCUAAAACGAACUUGGGUGAUGUUAAAGACGAUCUAACAUCGAAAGACAAAGAGAAAUCUGAUAUCAAUGCCAACAAGAACUGCGAAAGAAAAGUGUUAUCAGAAGUCCAAGAAAAUCAGAAACAUGGAUUCACUGAAAAAGUAGAGCCCAAGACCAAAAGCCCGACGAAAGUCGGUUUUGAAGUUAAAAAAGAUUCGAAAGACCAAGAACGAUUGAAAAUGAAACGGUUAGCUAUUCUGAAUAGAAACAUCUCUCAUCGUAGCGACAACCAACCGAUAGCGCUCACUUAUGCGCCUAUCAAGAAAAUUAUUUUCAUCCCAAAAGUAAUACAAGACACUCAGACUAUUGUAGUAACUAACAUUCAAGAUAAACUACAAAUACCUAUUAUAAAUGCAAAAAUUCUGACUCAACCCCAAACAACUAUGGAUAUGGGUAAGACAAUAAAUAACAACGGGAAUUGUAAAGAGAACAAAGGCAAGGCCUCAUGCCGACGUAUUUUAUUGCGAUCGUCGAACAAAGUUGACAAAAGCAAGAUAGAUCUCGUGAAAAAGGAUGCUGUGCCCAGAAACACCAAAGUUCGACUAAAAGUACCGGAAAGUGUCAUAACCACUACUACUGCUCCUGAAAAUGACGUGAAAAAUAAACGACCCGCCAAGAAACAGGUUCCAAGAAAAACGCUUAAUAAAACAGUUAAAACGAGAGAGGAGACUAAGAGUAAAGCGAAUAAAUCGCAAACUAGAAAAAAUAAUAAAUCAAAGUCGUCAAUACCUAAACCUGAGGACAUUCUUGAAGAAAUACCGGCUAGUGUUGUAGCGGAGGUACUCGAAGCCAGUGAAAUUAUGUCUCCAGUUGAUCAUCAAAUAUCUUCGACAGAUUUGUCUCAACUCAAUCAAGUACAAGAGAAAGAGAUGGAUAGAACAAAGAGUGAUAACGAGUGUUCUAGCCCGAGCAUUUUAGUUAAGGACACAUUUGACCAAUUGUUUCAAACUAAUGACAGCAUAAUUAGCCAAGAUCAACCUGACAUGACAUCGAAAGAGAUAGCUGAUAUAUUGAAUGAGACAGCAGACACUGUCAAAGAUAUAUUAGACGAAGUAAUAUCAAGUACGGAUCCCGAUAAAGCAACGACAAACGCUGAGGUCGUUGAAGAAAUUGAAAGCUAUGUGAAGAGAUUAGAACUAGAGAAAGAGGCAAAUAAUAGUGUUGAAUUGGAUUGUCAAGCCAUUGUUAGUCCAGUUCGUGAAGAAAACUUAUUUAUACAACCUGAAGUAACAUCUGUACUUAAUCCACCUGAAAUAAUCACUGAAGAAACACCUGUUUUAAGUAAUUUACCCGUUACUGAAACUGUCAGUGCAAAAGAAACGAAUGAAGCGACUGAAAGUAACAGUACGUCUGAAAAGUCGAAAGCAAAUGUCGAACAAGAUCCAGACAUAAUAUGUCUUGACGAUGAUGAUACACCGAUACCGUCAACACAAUUGAAAAAAUCACCGAAAUCAUUAAACGCGAGGGGUAAUACCAAGCAAGGGAAGAGUCGCCCAAAAUUAGAUAUCCCCCAGUCUAUAAGAGACGGAAUACAAAUUGAAGAUCUCUCGCAUUUACAUACAGGAGAUCCAUUAAAAAAAUGUGUGCGUAUUAAACUGCCUUCCGGAAGAUCAUUCAAAGCUACUGUCCACGGUCAAGUGAACGGUAAUAUAGAUACGUUAUUCGCUGACCCAGCAUUGAAAUCCGUUCUCCUGAGCAAUAUAUCGAAUAGACAAAGAUACACACUGAAUAUUAAACAAGCACCAGAGAAAGACUCGCAAACGAAUGCUGGGACGUCAUCACGAAUCCAGCGAAUUUCGUUAGCUGAGCCGACAGUGGAUAAGAACUUAGAGACAAUAGAUCUACUAAGUGAUUCCGACGAUGAAAAUCCCAUAAAACAAUUCACCACUGAAUAUGGGAAAUAUAAAGUUGCUAACAUAGAAAAUAAAUUAUUCACUGAACAUCAAGCUAAAUUCACUAAGAAAUGUACUGUGAAAUUAGUAAGAGAAGAUAUACAAAAAUACCUUCCAAAACCUAUUGACGAUGAGGUUUUAUGUGAUCUACAUGAAAUUAAACUUCCUUCAAUAGAUCCAGAAGCGUCCAAAAAAUCCGAUGCUAUCAAAGUAAUUGAAAAGAAAAAUGAGCCAGAAAGUCUAAUUAUUCCAACGCCUGUAACAGAAGCUUUGGAAACCGAAUGUCCUAUCGUUGAAAUAGAUGAUUCGUCGAAUGAUUUUGACAUUACGGAAUUAAAUUUUCUUAAGUGUAAUGAAGUCAUUACAAGUGUUCUAACAGAAUCGGAACAAAAUGAAGUUAAUAUUGAUCGUGUGAAAGCAGUUGAUACGAGCAAUACAAAAGCUGCUGAAAUUGUUGAAAAUGUUCCAGAAGAUAAAAUUAAUGUUUUCAAGAACCAGCUGUUAAAAGACCUUGGUUUAGAUCGAUUACCCGACGAAACAACACUACCAACUAAUGUCGAUCCAAUUGUACCCAUCAUUGAAUCUCCUAAAAAUCCUACUGUUGAAAAACUCGUUUGUAUCGAUUCGCCGACGAAAGCCGUCAAGCCAACAGAAUGUUUUGUGAACCUAACCAAGUGCGAUAACCUUGUGAGGCAGUAUGAAAAUCUGAAAAUGUUGAAGCAAUGUUUUAUCAAGCUAGUCCGUUGUGACGAAAUCAGUAAGACAUUUUAUCCAGAAAUCAAUGCAGAGACGAACUCGGGUGAUGUUACAAAUACUGAUGGUUUGAUGGGAGAUGAUGUACCACCUUUGUCCCGAUGUGGGUCGUUCUCGAUCCUUGCUGACUACGAGACCAACGAUGAUUACGCUUUCGACAGUCAGUCCGAUGAUGAUGAACCAUGCACUUCACCGGUCAUGACAGCGUUCGAAAUUAUAGCGUCAUACAAAGACGUAAUAUUUAGUCACGAAAAACGAAACCAAAAUAACACAGCCUGUGAAAGUGAAUGGUUUUUGACUAAAAAGGACUUAAACAUGCAAUAUAAAAAUUCAUGUUAUGAAAGAAUUGAAAUACCGAUUUCUGAUUUCAAUGAAAAUAAUACUGAAAGUACAAGCUUAAACAGAGUACCAACUCUUACUAAAAUAGCAUCAACAUUCUUUCAACAAAAUGAUUUACAUACACCUGCGAAACUUACUACACAUCAUUUGAAAAGAAAGUCUACUGAAUCAGAGUCAAUAAGUCAUAAAAUACAAAAAACAUGUCAAGGCCCUUUCCAAGACACGGGCUGUGACGAUCUUGAUAAAAGCGGUGAUAUAGAAGAAUUAUUAAACCUUAGUUCUGUUUCUCAUGAAAAUGAGUAUGAUAGACAAAGUCUGGUCAAAAGCCAGAGUACUGAUAGCUUUCAAUCCGAAUUUACAAUGUAUCUUAGAAAGCAGUCGUUGUCUCAAGAGAACCUCGAAUCUGCGAUGGGCGAAGAUAGUACAGUUAAUGAGGAAUCAAGAAAAGAAAGUUUCAAGGAACAUGUUUGUGAAGAAAACCUUAGUACUACAGUAUUUCAUGAUGAUGCUGCACUUCAUCCAGUAGAUCAUGCUCAUGAACUUCUGAAAAUAGACGCAACAACAGAGAUUCAGUGUGAAGAAGAGAACAAAGAGCCGUCCGAAGAAGUUGAUAAAAGUCGUAAAAUACACGUAGACGUAGAAAUUGUCAGACUCGAAGAAUCUGACUGUGAUGAUCAGGAAAAUAACUGUGAUAAAGAACAGCAAAGUCCAGAAGUUGAGACAAUAACGGUCAACAAUUCUGAUGAAAUGAAAGUAAAUGAUGAAUGCCAAAAUUGUGAAGAGGUUGAAUUGGACUCCAUGUGUGUAAGUGAAGAUCUUCCAGUUGUGCCCCUUGAAGAGACACCAGAGAUGGUGGGUGACAAUAUUAUCAAUGAUUUCGAUAGAACAACACAAGAGACAAGUCAUCACAAAGAAAAUAUUGUAGAAUGCAGUAAUGAUGAGAUUCCGGAAAUUGAUGUAGGAAGACAUGAAGAGGUUCCACAAGAGCCGGCUCAAGUUUCUGAUUCCAGUACAGUUCAACCGGAUGUUGACGUGAGAAUCACUAGUGAAGAAGGUACUACUCAAAUUCCGGUAGAUGCUGAUGAAAAAUCUGAAAGUACUGAAAUUGAAAUAGUCAAUAUUAAUGAUAACAUCAAAGAUAGUAACCCCGAAAACAACGAUAUACAAACUGAAGUACUAACCUCUGAAAUAACAGAUCCGCCGGAUGUUGAAAUGGAAAUUACGAGCGAAGAACAUCCCCUUGAUAAUUGUACUGAAGUUUUAGAUAUUGUCACUGAAGUCUCAGAUAACACUGACAUUAAUAGCGAAAGCAUUACAAUUGUUUCGAACAAUAAUGAUUUUCAUGAAGAAGUGACACCUGAAGUAGACAUGAAAUUAACAAGUGAAAUAUGUGAAACACCUGAAGUCGCAAAUGACACAGAAAUUAUUGCCGACGAACUGAGUGAUAGUGUUGUUGUUGAUGAUGAUAUAAAUGAAGAAGCAAAACAGUCUCAAGAAACAGAACUGUCUAAUGACGUCAUAAUCACAAGUGACGAAAGUAGAACUAAUGUCUGUACAGAUAAAGCAGCUGACCUUACCAAUAUUGAGACAGAAGUUAAUAGAGACAAGAUUAAUGAUGGUGUCUGUAACAAUAGUGAAUUACAUGACGAACUUUCAGAACUUCAAGAGGAUUUGAAAAUCUUAACUGAAGAAGGCAGUAAUAAUAAAGCAAAUGAACGUACAGAACCUAAUAAUGAAGUGCUUACAAACGUUUAUUCAGAUGCUGACAAAAUAGAAGUUGUAGUUAUUACAGAAGAAAUUAAUGACGAACAAAUACCUAUCUGUGAUAUCGAUAACGUACUUCAAGAAAUAGAAAUUGACUCAACUGAUACUAGCAUAAAUGUAGUCCAUGACAGUGAAAAUUGUAAAAGUUUGACUGAAGUUGAAAUAGGAAAUAGUGAUAAAAUGAGCGAAGAAGUUUAUGUGGAUGUUAAUAAAGCAGAUGGAACUCAGGAAGAGAGUGAGAUUGUACUUAAUAAUGAUAAAAUGUGCGAGGAAAAAGGAGUUAAUGAAACAGAAGAUGCAAAGAUUACUGAACUGACACAAAAUACGAACAUUACGACUGAAAUAUCAAAUAGCCCAGUUCUAGAUAGUUCAGAAAUAACACAUGAAGAUACAGUUCUUAUUACAAAUGAAAACGUGAAAUCAACAGAAGUAAUUGAAAUUUUAGAAGACGAAAACAUCGAUAUGAUUGAUGACGAACCGAUUGAAGUCAUACAAGUUCUGGAUAGUGUUGAUAUCAACGAAGAGACAAAUACUGCUGUUGCUACAGAAUCAGAUACAAAUGAACUAACACCGAUUCAAAACAAAGAAAUUUCAACGAGCAUUUGUCAAAGUCUUGUACCCAGCAACUGCUCAGUUGUGAUCAACAGUUUUCAAUACGAAGAUGACAAGAUGCGAACAUGUUUUCUAUUCCCAGUUCGGAAAGAAGAAACUAUAUCCAAUAGCUUAGUACAUCAAAUUCCCAAAGACGUAAUAAAAAUAACUCAACAAAUUGGCGACGAUGGUAACGUCGAAGAAAUAGAUAUCAAACUCAACGUACCGAGUAUAACGUAUUCUAAGAAAUUAACCGAUGACUUCAACCGUCUGUUCUUCGAUCCAAAAUAUAGAAGGAUCUUGAAACGCAAAGCUGACAUGACAGAAAUAAAGAUACAUCAAAAGAAAUAUAGGAAAGGCAAGAAUAUAGACUAUCCUAAAAUCACAAUCGCAACAAUGGAAGACUCUGCAUACAGCAAAGAAUUCAAACGUCUAUUUGAUUAUUGCAGUUCUGUAAAAUUUUGUUACUCAAGACCAUUUCACAAAGAAUAUAUAGACGUGCAAAAAACUUUAACCGCGUGGCCUAUACAAGGGGCAUGUGUUAGAGAAAUAAGUGAUCUCGAGAGAGAUGAAUGUUUAUUUAUUGACAACGAUAUCGUCAGUACAUCGUUUCACGACCCCACUAACCAAACAUUAGCUGAUGAAAUUGUAGCUACGUAUAACGAAUCAGACUAUUCAUCUAGCAAUAUUGCUGAAACAAAUUUCAGUAUGGGUUUUGGUGAGGGGUCCGGCAGAGUCAUAAAAAAUUUAGAGAACGGAUGUGGUGUAAAAUUUUCGGCUGCGACUCUGUCGGACGUAAAACAAAUUCAGCCGCUUUUACUGUCCGAAAAUUAUGGUAAAUGUAAAUUAGACUGCAAUAAUUUUAGAACAAGCGAUGAAACAGUAAAAAUACAACAGACUAUGAGAUGCAUUGUAAUUAAGGAUAAAAUAAAGUCAUUUUUCAAAAGGACUAUGACUGAAUUAAGUUUUGAUUUUAGUAAGGGGAUAGAUAAAAAUAACAACUAUUGCCCUGACUCGAAUGAUUUAUUUGAUACUAUGAAAUUUCCAUUUGGUUUGACGAGUUCAGACUGGAUUGAGCCUCGUCGUCAAGAGGUCAUUGUCAACGUGGUCCAAGUGGGUCAGCUGCCAGUCAGCGCCUCUGCACAGAACCCAGUCACUUGCGACCCUAGAGUCACGCAAGUCUCUGACGCUAGUCCAUCUCAGUGUUCAGCAGAAAACAGCCUUAACGAUGACCCUCAAUCGGUCAUAAAAACUGAGUAUACUGAACUGACAACAGCUGAUUUGAGUAUGCCGUUAGCGCAGGAAUACGUACAACAUAUUCAAUCCAUGCCAGCGCCGCCGCGUGAAGCUAUGAGUUACUCGAUGGGCGAAAACUACUCUCUCGAUGUUCAAGUAAAACCUGAAAUAAAAAUAGAAUUAGAAGAAACACCAGAGAUCAAAGAAGAAGUAGAUGAACAUAAUGAUUACGAUCAGCCUCCGCCUUUGUACGAUAGGAACAUGUUAAACAAUAUAGAUUAUUCGUAUGACGCUAAUCCUGCUACCGCUACGCCCGUUCCGAAUUCUACGGAAAUUAUGUAUAACUCUGUAGAGAAACAAUACAGUUCCGAAACGUAUCCUCAUCUUAAACAUCCGCACCACGAUUAUCAAUUGCAACAACAACUGUUGGAUCAGCAGCAGUUGCAGCAGCAACAACUACAACAGCUAGAACAACAAUUCCAGCAACAGCACCUCCAUCAUCUUACUCAAGAGCAGCAGUUGCAGGAACAGGAAAAUCGGUUACAGCAAGAGUUUGACGAACAAGAAAAACAAAUAUUACAACAACAGUUACAUGAACAAGAAAAUCAACACCUUCAGUUCCAGCAGCUACAAGAGCAAGAAAAACAGCAUCUACUGCAUCACCAACUGCAAGAACAAGAGCAGCAGCAACUCUUGCAAUUGCAAAUGCAGGAGCAAGAAAAGCAGAUGCAAUUAGAACUGCAAGAGCAAGAGAAACAGAUGCAAUUGCAACUGCAAGAGCAAGAAAAGCAGAUGCAACUGCAACUGCAAGAACAAGAAAAACAACAGUUACUCCUCGAACAACUUCAGCAACAAGAAAAGCAGAAGCAACUCGAGGAACAAGAACAAUUAAUGCAACAGCAAAUGCAACAACAAGAACAGGAGCUGCAACAGCAGCUGCAGGAGCAAGAAAAACAACAACAACUUCAGCAACUACAGCAACGACAGCAGCAAGAAAAGCAAAAACUACAACAACAGCUGCAAGAGAAGCAGAAACAGGAAAAACAAGAAAAACAAAAGCAUCAGUUGCAACAACAACAUCAAAAGCAGCAAUUACUGCAACAGCAGCAAAUGGAGCAGCAGCAGAAACAACAGCAACAACUGCAGCAAAAACACCAGCAGCAGCAAUUGAUCCAAAAGCAACAACAGCAGCUACAAAAGCAGCAACAGAUUCAACUUCAAAAGCAGCAAAAACAGCUUCAGCAACAGCAGCAGAAGAAAGAAAAACUGCUUCUCAAGCAACAACAAUCGCAGAAGCAACAACUGCAGAAGCAGAAGCAAAAACAACUGCAGCAGCAGCAUCAGCAACAACAACAACAACAACAACAACAACAACAACAACAGCAGCAGCAGCAAGAGCAACCAAAACAACAACCGCAACAGCAAAACGGAUCUACUGAGAAACCAGAUCAGAUUGCUCAUGCCAUGAACGCUGCAGGUAUCACUCCUACGACAGACACUGCGUCAACUAACAGAGCCCAUGCGCUAGUGAACAUACUAUCUCAAAAGCUACGGCAAGGUGCUGUUGGAACUGCUCAAGGCACUUCGAACACAUUCCAAAAAACAUCAAUAAAUGCUAUGGCUCUACAGCAGGCUUUAGCACAAAUUCUCCCACCACCACUCAACCAGACAAAUUCCACUGAAAAUAAUCAGCAAACGACCAACACUCCGCAAGUCCUUCACAUAGUUCAAGGUAAAAACGCCGCAGGAAACCAGCAAAUAACGUUAGUGGAUAACUCCCAACAGUCUGGAUUGAACAAUCAGAAUUCUACUCCAGUAUUACAUAUUGUGCAAAACAAGGCUACUACUAAUACCUCUGCUAAUGGCACCCCAUCGACCCAAACAAAUUCGUUCAGUGGUCUGUCCUUAGUUGAUGCUGGGCUACAACAAGGGAACCAGCUCCUUCAUAUAGUCAACACAGGCUCUCAGAAGAACUCCAGUGCCGGCCAACUGCUAAAAAGAGUGAACCUCCUAACGAACCUAGGUAAUGGAAAUGAACAGAAAAUGGUUCAGUUUGUUUGUAAAUCUGCAGAUGGGAAAGCAAUCCAGUUAAAUGCCCCGCAUCAGCGCAGUAUGGUGCUAAGACUGCAGCCUAUUGAAACGCCUAACCUUCAGCCUACACAGCCCACGCAGCCAACACAACCUGCGCCAUCAAAGCCAGAGACGCAAGAUCUCAGUCCUACAACUCCAGCCUCUACUAAUGCCAAUUCGAAAGACCCAACUAACUCCGCCGAGAUAAAGUCUCGCUCUAUCUACGAAGAAAAUUACGCUAAGUUCAUUCAGAGCUCGGCGCCUAGAACAAUAAUCGCGGAUAAAGGUACAAGUUUGCCAAAAUUCAAUCAAGCAUUCGGAAAGCAGGUAUAUCAGGAUGGUAGUCAGAAGAACGAGAUUACUAAUGGCAAUACACAUUUAACAUCUAACGGUGAAAGUCCGGAUAUCCAAGCAAAUGACAACGCUAUGAAUUUAGAGCAUAUGAAUCAAAUCAGCAGUCCGCCAUUACUGCUACGAAAGACAUCUCCUCCGACUUCGCAAUCUCAGUCGAACUUGGUUCAACAGUUGAAGCAGACAAUAGCCCCUAUGAACAUUCAGACCAUGCAUGGCGGGGUGAUAUACACUCGCCAGAUUCCUGUGAACCUCGGCAGUGGUCAAACCAUUAAUCUAAUUACAGUGCCCAGUACAGAGCUUGAUGAUUCCAAUACACCUAAACAACAGGGCGAAGUGAAGUUCCAAGUGAACCAAGGUGGCGAAAUAGAGCCGUCUAUCAUCAAGAUCGUACCUCAAACACAAACGAAUACCAAUUCUGAUAGUACGACCGAAGAAAAUAAUUCACACGUCUGUGCGUCAAGUGAUAACACACAUCCCACACAAACGCAACCUGUUUUGACUCAAAUGAGAAUAAAAUUACCAAUGUUGAGUAAGCCGCCGCAAAUGGUUGGUGGCACGAGAGUUGUAAGACCCUCGUUCUUUCAAAUACAACGAAAUGUUAUCAGUGGGACCAAUCAACCUGUUUACCAGCAGUUGGUGCUUACAGCGGCUCCACAACUUGGGCAGCAGACGAUAAGGCUGCCGCAACCGCAAACACCGAGGCCUGCCAAAGCACCGAGCGAAAGUCAGUCCUCAACAGAGUCCAUGAGUUCCUCGACUUUAGAACAACUAAGAGAGUUCGAUUUAGUACUGGAACAAGUUAAAGAACGAAGUACAGUGCAGCCGAACGCAAAUUCGAAUGGUUCUAAUAGCUCAGGCAGUUCUAGUACUCCUAAUAGUGCUUUGAAUAAAAUGCGAACACCGUCAACCGACACCACUGACGCGCCGGCCUCGACCAGCACUACUGUUGCGGAGACGACACGGUCGACUCCAGCUCCGCACACACAACAUCAAGUCCUUUACUCAAUCGGGAACUCACAACCACUAAAUGUAACUUAUGUGAACCGAAAAGCUGCAACACCGGCCCCUACAACAUCUUCCUUCGUCAGAUCACCAGAUUCGUCGGGGAUUACCGAGUCUUCGGCCUCAUCUUCAAGCCACAGUCAGAUACCUCACACAGUCACCAGUGAGACGUCGUCAACUUCAUCAGACCCUCCGGCUACCCAAUCAAAGCCUAAAUCUAGCUCGAAGUCUAAAUCGAGACCCAAAGCUUCGUCUAAUCCACCUAACACAUUAAAACUCAAUACAGUAACUCCAAAGACAUCUUCUCAGAAACCUUUGGAAGAUGAGCAAACAACGCAAAGGAUUCUUUACAUCUUGGCUGAAUAUAAAGAGCAGGUAGAAAACUCACCUGAUAAAGACAAACCAGCACCACGUCGGAGGUCAAAUCCGCCUUUAAAUCCUGGCUCAUCAAAACGUAAAAAGAGCUCAAGUGGCUCCCGUCGAGGACGCGAAAUGAGUCCCAUACAUGGGGACGAGACGUGUCGGACAAUGGGCUCUGAGGACAGCAGCUGCGGCACUUCACAAGGCGAUUGCAACGAAAGCUGCUUAGAUAGUCAUUCGCCUCAGGACAGUCCACGGAAAGUGGUUCGUAAACUCACAUUUGAAAAUGAAACGCCAGUUCCUUUGGCCCAACCUCGACCCCAACCUCAAAGAAACGUAAUCGUUGCGGACGGCCAAACAAUCACCGUCGCCAGAGGAACCGCUGGCAAACCGACUACUGCUGUUAUAAUGCCCGCCAACUACAUCUUGCCCGUAUCUAUGGUGAAAGGGGGCCAGCAAAUAGCAAUAGUGACAAACCGAGGACCAAAGUUACUAACUGUAGGCGGUGGCGAGGGUGGGACGACAAAUGCUUUACUACUACAGCGGCUCAUAGGCCCGGCCGGGCUCAAGCCGGUAAUAACUCGCCCAGGGGUCCGGCACGUGCGUCUCCCAGCUGCGGCACUUCACAACCUGCAAGCUUUCAACCUCGCAGCUGCUGCCACAUCUCAAGCCGCAGAAGCCACAGCAUCAGCCGCCGGCAUCUCCAACCCACCAGAACUAGUCGAGACAAGUAAAAACAACUCGCCGUGGCGGGAACGUGACUCUCAAAGUGUGAAGCCAGAACGAGGGUCCAGUCCUGACGCUUCCGACCCGUGGCAUCUACAAUCAACCGACUCGCACGAGUAUAGUUACGAGGAAACCGUCAGGACGGACAACAUGGACCGAACUGUACUUGUCGUGCAAAAGAAGGACGGUCACCACAGACAUCGACUGACGCAUGUGUCUGCUGCUGCGUUGAGACACAAGUAUGCUAUACUGGAACAUGAACUGAGGUUACAGAAAUCCCUAUCGGAAGAAUGCGAGGACCUAGGCGUGGACUCCCCUUCAGCGUCGGAGCUGUUCCCCGAAGCUGAGUUGUUGUUUGCCGCCUCCCCCGCACACGACCAUACGCAGGAUCAUACACACUCUAAUACACCCCAGCCAAUACUGAGUCACAGCAUCCCCCAGCCUGACCUGGACGAUCAGAUCGCUACGGACCAGCUGUUACCGCGCACCGAGGUUCACGACGAGCGCGCAGACCUCGGCAUAGGGCUCGAAGACGUCGGCAUUGUGACUGUGAGUGAGGACGGCAUGCAAGCGACUAUCGCCUUAGACCAGGAGGAGUUUGCGCGCUCCCAUCCUAAUACCACUUUCCAUAGCGAACCCACGGACGAAGGAGAGGUACAACCAUUCACAAUAACCGGCAUAAAAAGCCGUCAAAUAACAUCGACAAUAUACCACGCAAAUCGUGGCCCGGGCACUGUUCUUAUGACCGCUUCGCAAACCACCGUGAUAUCACAAGCGACCGCCGAAUCAAGCGGUAUUCAGAACCCAGUUAAAUACGCUGACAUCGACAAUAUGAUCAAUUCAUUGCCCGGCUCGAAUGUACCUCAGCAAACCAACAACAUAAACCUGUCCUCAGUACUAGUCAAAGACGACGGCCUAACUAGAUUCGAUAGCAUUCUCAAUGACAACAGAGAGCUGCAUUUAUCCAACACGGCCUCCGCCAUCGUGCACGCGAACACCACGCAAGUGAUACGACGCGUGUGCUACGAUAAUGAGAAAAGAGAACAAGAAACCAGAUUUCUCAUGGGCGAAUCCGAUGGCCUCAUAACCGGAGCCGACGCCAAGAUGAUGACCGAGGACUCCAGAGACUUCGGCGACGUCGACGACGACAGAUUAUCUCCGGAGCGGCACACGGAACUGUUUUGGGAAUCAAACUCCACAUCGGAACGGUCCGAGAGCCGCCGGCCGCUGGACUUCAGCAGCGACAGCGACAAGUGCUGCAAGAGCCCGUCGUACGACGAGGCCAACUCCACGGACUCGAGCGGGCUCGGCGCGCGCCUGCGCCUGGACUCCGUCAUCAAGGAGGCGCGCGCCGCCAGCGCCGACGGGUCCAGCGACGACGCGCCGCCGCUGCGCACCUACCCCGCCAAGCGCCUGCUGCACGAGCGCGGCCUCGGCGGCAAGACGCGCGCCGCGCCGCACCAGCACGAGCACCUGGACCCGCACGACCCGCGCCGCCGCGCGUCCGCGCGCCAGCUCGCGCGCCAGGCCAAGCGCGGCUGCCACUGCUGCAACGGCGACGCCGCGCCGCCGCGACCCAAGAAGCCGCGACAGAAGAAACCCAUCACCGACUUCACGACUACUAGUAACUAAUUAACGACACAUUGUGAUUACCCAUUUCUACUUAAGGCUGUGGCAUUAUGAUUAUAUUGUACUUGUCUGCCACGCGCCAGACUGAAACGCGAUCUCCUUAAUGACGAGGUUUCAUUUCUUAGGUGUACAUGAAAAAAAAAAACGUUGUUGACAUUGUUUUGUAUAUAAUUUUAUAAGUGAAAUACCGGUAGCUUAGUUUACAGUAAAUUCGAUACACGAUUUUAUUUUUGUUAAUGUUUAAUCGAUUACUUCUUCAUAAGUUCCUUUACGUGUUAUUAUUUUCUAAGUUACGACACCGAUAAGUUCAAAUUCGUUUUUAUUUCUAGCGAGAAAUAACGAUUAUCUUGGUAUUGUUGUUUUUUCUGUAUUAUAUCCUUAUACAUGUUUGUAUUGAUUUGUCAUUGUAUAAAAAUAUAUUUCUAUAGGUUACCUCUGAUAGACGUAAGUGUUUCCGUUAUAUAUUAGUGAUAACAAGCCAUACUCAAAUAUAAAUUAAAUCGUCUUUAGCGGUGUAGAUGUGUUAAUUUAUAAACAUAGCCCUUCAUAACGAUGCUAGACUGAUGUUGAGGUAACGGUUUGUUUCAUUGCGCGUUAUCAUGUUGUUUCGGAGCCAAUAUAUUUUUGAUUUUGAAUACUGUAGUAUAUUCGCAUAGUUUUAGUUGUAAGCGACUUCCAUGUGACAACAGCACAAAGUGAAUGAUUUAAAAUAAAAGACGAAUGGGAGCUUUAACUUCGGGUGAUUUGAAUUAUUUUUGAGAUUUCGUUUAUCUAAAUGUUUCGGUGCCAAUAGUUUAUUUGGCGCUCUAUACUCACCUGUGCUUUAUAUUACGUUUCCAAAGGGCGUUAUUAUCGCUGUAUUUAAUAAAUAAAUAUAUAACAUUUAAUAGUAGGAAUGUGUUAAGCUAGUGUGAAUUUGAUAUCCAUAGUAUAAUAAAUAAAAACAUGUAAAUAAAUUUUUGAUCCCCAAUUUUUGUUUAGGGGACCGUCUAGUCACUAUAGUACCGAUAUGAUAUAGUGUGUAACGUCUUACGAAGGCCCGCCGAGGUCUCGCGGCUGCUCGAUGGCUUACGGAGUGGCUUAAAGCCGAACGAAUGAUUUUCCUUGCAGUAUUCAAACGCUUGUGUAUAUAAAAGCCAUAAUAGGUAACAAUGAAGAAAAUAAUGUUUCAUUUGUCUCUAUAAUUACAGAAUAAUGUGUGAAAAAUAUAAAAAAAAUAACACUAAAUUCUCGUGUUUAGAUUCAUUCCGAAUUUGUAAAUAGCGAAAAGGGUGUUUAAAUUUUAGUGAAUUUAGUGAGUUUCGACCCGUUUUGGGUCAUAUAGUGAAAUUGUAACUGGGGUAAUAUAUAUGUGCACUCAUUGGGUGAUUUAACCCGCAGUUCAACUUAGUCGUAAGAUGGUCUAGUGUGACAGGGCCGGCUCAGUCGCCGACGCGCGCCCGCUGCGAGGCGUCGUCGACCCGCGACUGACGGCCCGCGCUAAAGACACUAAAAUUAAUAGAUCCAAUACAUACUACGACUAACUAUAUAAUAUCUGAGAGUUUUUGAAACCUAUGUAUUAUUAUUAUUUCGUUUGGAAAAGAAAAAAAAAUCUGCCAUUUCUAAAAGUAAGGUCGAAAUUUUUUAUGUAUCCCAACACGUUGUUAUUGUUCGUUUAAUAUUGUGGGUAGCGUCGUACCUCCGAUAUUAUUGUCUGAAUAAAUAAAUUACAGUAUUGCA